UUCUUCCAUAUGCACCUUACCUAGAGCACUUUCCCUAGCUAGUUUCUCUCUCACACUCUUCAUUUAUACACAACAGAAUCAUUCUCCUUUCUGCUAACACUUUAACUUGCUUUUCUUCAUGGCUCUCUUUCUCUUAGCUAUUUUAAUCUUGAUGGCCCCUUCUAGCAAUGCCUAUUGGCCACCUUCACCUGGCUACUGGCCAAGUUCCAAAUUCAGGUCCAUGAGUUUUUACAAAGGUUUUAGAAACCUCUGGGGCCCUCAGCACCAAAGUCUAGACCAAAAUGCAUUAACAAUCUGGCUUGAUAGAACCUCAGGAAGUGGCUUCAAGUCAGUAAGGCCAUUUCGAUCCGGGUACUUUGGUGCUUCCAUUAAGGUCCAACCUGGCUACACUGCAGGUGUUAUAACAGCUUUCUAUCUCUCAAACAAUGAAGCACAUCCUGGUUUCCAUGAUGAAGUGGACAUUGAGUUUCUUGGGACAACAUUUGGAAAGCCUUACACUUUGCAGACCAAUGUUUACAUAAGAGGGAGUGGAGAUGGGAGAAUUAUAGGCAGAGAGAUGAAGUUCCAUCUCUGGUUUGAUCCUACCCAAGAUUUUCAUCACUAUGCUAUACUGUGGAGUCCCAAGGAAAUAAUAUUCCUAGUGGAUGAUGUGCCAAUAAGGAGGUACCCGAGGAAGAGUGGUGCAACAUUUCCUCUGAGGCCAAUGUGGCUAUAUGGUUCAAUAUGGGAUGCAUCAUCAUGGGCAACUGAGGAUGGAAAGUACAAAGCUGAUUACAGAUACCAACCUUUUCUGGCAAAGUAUACCAACUUCAAAGCUGGUGGUUGCUCAGCCUAUGCCCCUCGUUGGUGCCAUCUAGUUUCAGCCUCACCAUAUAGGUCUGGUGGGUUGACUAGGCAACAAUAUAGGGCCAUGAGAUGGGUGCAAAGAUACCACAUGGUUUAUAACUAUUGUCAAGACCCCAAGAGAGAUCACAGCCUAACACCUGAGUGUUGGGGUUGAAUUCAAGUAUUGAACAUUUGGAAAUUGGAACACUUGGCCAAUUCGGUAUUAUGCUGAUUUUUGGUCCCCAAAACCAAAACACUGUUCUCCUGUGAUUUGUUUUGUCUUUUUCUUUCAGAAAAUUUCUUUUACUUUAUGGGGGUCACUUGAGAUGGCCCCCCAGCUUGACAGCUACAUUGUACGGGGUUGUGCAUCCAAGGCUAUCAAGACACGAGAAUAUUUGGAAGAUUGUGUGUGUGUGUGUCUGUUUCUUUUAAGACAAAGGUAAAAAAGAGAACAAAGGGAAGAGCGAGGGAAAGGAAUAAUAAUAUCUAUGUCCAGUGGAUAGCAAAGUGGCCAAUGUGUAUGGGACGGUGAAUGUGGCACCAUUGAGUGCGAAUACUAAAAAGCACACUCUUCAUUUAAUAAUGUUAUUGUCAUUUUAAUGAUGAAAGCGAGAACCUGUGUGUGUGUGUGCUAGGGGGAGGGGGGUAAUGUGUUUUGUUUAAGACUUUGUGUCAUGUGAAACUUGUUUAUUACCACCAUGGAAAAGUUUGUUGCGUCAAAAAAGAUCGCAUGAUUAUGUAAGAGGUUGUGGACCAUUGGUUUGAUUGGAAAGCAACUGACAAAAUAAUUGAAAAUAAAUACAAGAUUGAGCAUGUAAA